AUGGGUCGCGGAGAGUAUGCAGAACUUCAUGCUGCUGUGCGGGAGGGUGAGACUGGGCAGGCGGAGCUGGCCAAGGUCGAGUUGCUGGACGAGUUGCUGGUCGGGGACAACGACGGGCGGAACGUGCUGAUGGUCGCUGCUGCAUCGGGUCACCCUGCUAUGGUUGCGGCUGUGCUGGCGACUGCAUCGCGAACUGCUGGUGAUGGUGGCAUGGAUGCCGUGGUCAAGACUCUUGCUGAUGCUCGGGAUCAUGCCGGGAAUGACGUCUUUAUGUGGGCAACAACUGCGAGACCGCAUGCCAGGGUUGUCGAGUUGGUGGCGCUCUUGUCGGAGCUCCUGCCGCUGCCAGAGACUCUCCCGCACUGGGCGGCCAUGUCGGGCAAUGCUCCGCUGAUGGCUUUUCUCAGUGAUCGCUCGGGCGUCUCUGCCAUCUGUGACUCGCUUGAUGUCCACGGUCGAACUCCGCUCCACUAUGCUGCUUUGCACAACGCCGCCGAUGUAGUGGCGCUGGUGCUUGAUGCCGGCGCAGAUUCUGCCACCCGCGAUGCCGACGGCUGCACACCGCUGCAUCUUGCUGCUGCUGGCGGUGCGGCGGCGGCAGCGGCGGUUGUUCUGGCGAGCCUCGACGAGCUGGCCGCUCGGGAGGCUGUCGCUGCCAAGGACGUCCGCGGCGCACUGCCGCUGCAUCUGGCGGCGUUUGGUGGUGACGGUGCGGCGGCAACAGCCGGCACGCUGGUUGCUGCCGGCUCUCCGGUCGAUGCCAAGGAUAGCGAGGGCCGGACGCCACUGAUGUGGGCCGCACGCGAGGCCAACCCGGCGCUGGUCGGGGUGCUCCUUGCGCACGCGGCUUCGCCGUUUGCCACCGAUGUCGAGGCCAACUCGGUUGCGUUCUACGCUGUAGUCUCCAACUCGCUUGCUACCUUGGCGCCCAUUCUGGGCGCGGCCCUUCGGUUGUCCACGCCAAUCCGCUGCCGGAUGCGUUCUCGUGCCCCAAUGCUCCGGGCGCUACUGGACGCAGGCGCCUCGCCAGUGGUGCAGGACGCCAACAUGCGGCAGCCGAUUCAUCUUGCAGCUGCGACCAACAACGUGUCGGCGCUCGCCGAGCUGCUCUCCUCGGGCGCGCAUGCUGAUGCCGCCGACGCCGUCGGCUCCUCACCGCUGCACUGCGCCGCGUUUGCCGGUGCUGGUGCUGCUGUUGCGGCACUGCUUGCCGCCACACCGCCGGCCGACGUCAACUCGAUUGACACCUCCAAGCACACGCCGCUGCACUGGGCGGCACAUGCGGGCUCGGGCGCGUGCAUCGCGCGACUUGUGCGAGCUGGUGCUGACGUAACAAGCAUCGACAACGACGCCAUGCGGGCGUACGACCACGCUCUACUUGCCCCGAUGGACGACUCGACCCGUGCGGCGGUUCUUGGCGUACUUGAUCCGGUUACGCCCGCGGCCAGGCGCCAUCUGCUACUCGACGAGCUUGAUCGUCGUCCUCCGUCGCCGGAGCGCCGCCCGCGCGAGUCCGCGUCCAAGAAGCGCCGCCGCCGCCGCAAAAGCACAGCGCCAGCUUGGAGCGGCUUGCCGACGCUGAGAGUGUGA